CGUGUCGAUCGAUUAGUAACUGUCACACCGAAGUCGAACAUCUACAGGUGGCUUUAUUACGUUGAAGCAUUUUCUGAUAAAAUUCUCUCACCAAUACUGCGGGUUUGGCGGUUCUGGAGAAAUGCAGUGGAAAAACGAUGUAUCUGUGCACAUGUCAUGAGCUUUAAUUUAUCGAUACUCGGAGAAAAAAGCAAAUCUAGACAAGCUUCUGCACAGCGUGAAACAUUGAAAUAUUUUGAUAGACCAAUCCAAGACCCUGAAGAUGUGCCCGAAUUCAUACGAACAAUGAUCCGCACACUACAUAAUCGAGAUGAAGUGCUUGACAUAUUACAUCGUCUUGAGAUGACGGAUGAUAAUGAAAUUUUCAGCAAAUUCAAGCAUCUUCAUGGAUUGCUUGUGCUGAAAGCGUAUUUAGUUGAAUGGAGGCAAGAUGAUGAAAUUGUUUUAAAG